UGCCGUUCGUGCACAUCGCGUGGUUACCCAAGGCGUGUCGCACGCCCGAAGCGCGCAAGGAGGUCGCGCGCGCGGUGAUCAACGCGCUGGUGAGCGUCAAGAGCGCGGACAUCAGCGCCGAUAAGGUGGUCGUGCGAUUCAGCGAAGCGGUCGACGGGUUCGCGCUGCCGCCGGGGCACACGCGCGAGAGCGUGGACGCCAAGUAAGGCGAAGGCGAGAUGCGGCGCGCGGCGCGGGAGGCGGCGAGGGUCGGGACGCGCGGCGCGAGGGCGAAACAUCAAUUGGUGACGGUGGAGCUGGUGAGCGACACGAUGUGACCGAACGGAUACAUCGGGAAGCGACAGCUGCAGCGCGCGAUGCGCGCGGUGCAGCGAGAACCUCUCGAUGCGAACAAUCCGUUGCGGUUCACGGUGCUGCGGGUGCCGUUUUUUCUCGAACCGGAGUAUCCGCGAGACGAGGCGUGGAGCGAGACGAAUCGAACGAGGUUGGAGCGGAAGUGGGGAGGAAAGCGGGAGUUUGACGCGCAAAAGAGGAGGCAUCGAUUGAAGGAGCGGGGCGAGGACGUGGGAAUUAAGCACUUUAAUCUCGAUCGGUUGGCGAGCAGUACGAUGGCGUCGCAUAGGCUCGUGCAGUGGGUAACGAAGAAUCACGGCUGCACGGCGAGCGAGACGUUGUACAACGACUUGAACAAGAGACACUUUGAGGAUGGGCAAAAGCUCAACGACAAGAGAAUGCUCGCGGAGGCCGCGGCGAGAGUUGGAGUCGACGCGAAUGAGGCGAUGGAGUUUUUGCAGUCGGGCGAAGGCGAGAUGGAAAUCGAAGGCGCGCUGCUAAUUUUGCGAAAGAUGGGCAUCAACUCCAUUCCGAAUUUCAUCGUCGGAGCGCAACACAUCUUGUCCGGAGCGGUUCACUCGUCGGAGUUGAUCAAGUUGUUCAGACAAAUCGAACGAACGGGCAAAGGUGCGCCCGAUAGCGCGUUCGCGGCGGUGUUGGGCAUCGGUGACGACGUCAUCGCGCGCCCGCUCGACGCGUCGUAUAACGAAGCCUCGGCGUGA